GCACAUGAGCUCAAUGUGACGUAGAACUUAGUUAAGUUAACUCAGUUGGGACUUAUCAACUAAGCCUGUCAAUGUCUUUCAUUCUUGUUUAAAAUCCAGUUUCACAGCAAGCAGGCUGAUAGAGGAUGUCUGUAUCAAUCCGUAGGAUCGGACAAUGGGUCUGGACCGCUUUUUUUCUGCUGGCCUUUCUGGUCUCUUCCCUCCUGUUCUACAGUUCCCCAUCCGAUUGGGUCGCACUCCUGGCUAAGAAUUUCAAUUUGCAGUCAAGGGAAGUGAUUGUGCUGGUCUGGCACUGGCCCUUUGGACAUCCGUUUGAGCUGACAGCUUGUGGCUCAAGGUACAACAUCCAUGGCUGUCACCUAACAGCUGAAAAGGAGCUCUUCAGCAAAGCUGAUGCUGUUCUCAUCCACCACAGAGAGAUAGCCACGGAUUGCUCUAAUCUGCCUACCUUACCCCGACCCCCCUCCCAGAAAUGGGUGUGGAUGAAUCACGAAUCCCCCUCCAACACAGAAGAAAUUGCGUGCCUGGAAAAUGUCUUCAACGCGACCCUCAGUUACAGACGGGACGCCGAUAUCCACAUGCCUUAUGGAUCCAUCGUUAGAACAGAGGAGAGGCCAACCGUCGUCCCCUUCAAAAACAAACUGGUCUGCUGGUUUGUCAGCAACUGGAAACCGCAGCAUAGAAGAGUGUGGUACUACAAGGAGUUACGCAAUCACAUCCGCAUCCACACGUAUGGGCUCCCCUUUGGCAGGAAGGUCACUAAAAGUGACUACAGGCUCAUUGUCUCCAGCUGUAAGUUCUACUUGUCCUUUGAGAACUCCAUACACAUGGACUACAUCACCGAGAAACUCUACAAUGCCCUCAAGUUGGGUUCCGUUCCUAUAGUGAUGGGCCCAUCCAGACAGAACUACGAGAAGUUCAUCCCCGGAGACGCCUUCAUCCACGUGGAUGACUUUGAGUCUCCUUUGGGCCUAGCCAAACACCUCCAGCACCUGGACCGGAACGAGGACAGCUAUCGUGGGUUCUUCCGGUGGCAGAAGGACCAUGAGGUGAACCUCACAGACAUUCCCCUGCAGAACGCCUGUUACACAUGCGACUACAUCCGACGCCAUCCUGAGCGCCGGACCGUCAAGCAACUCUACAAAUGGUUCUGGGACGACACAGAUUCGAGCUGAGAUGGGACCCAAGAGGUCAAAACGUUUCCCAGGCGACGAAACACUAAGCCCCCAAGUCAAGUGUGUGGAAUCCUAUUAUGUAAUCCUAAAUGUAAUUAAAUCCAAACUGUACUUACUA